ACUGGCUCACGGUUUUAAUACGUUUGGAUCAGUAGUGUUAACAGAUUUGUUCGCAGCGUACAUCGCGCUAGGAAUCUGCCGCCGGGGAAGGGAGGGAAACUGACGAUCCUUUUCAGCGGAAGCACAAGCAAAAAAAUGCAGAGAGAUCUGGAAUUGGGAUAGGUUGUGGUAUAAAGUAGUGAUGGCGAGAAAGACUGCUUAUAUUUUAAAUAGCAACCCGUAUGAGCAAAUGGGGGGAAAAAUGAAAGUGUUCUGCAAGAUUGCAGGAGCGCGUGAAUGUUCGCGUGCCGGACUGUUGGUAGGAACUAAAUAUCUAGGUCACUGUUGUCUCACUUAAUAGAGUCCCCCUGCGAGAAGGAGGAAGCCGUAUCCGCUCUAGACUAUGCAAUUAGGGAAAAAUGGCCUUCAGAAAUGUGAAACUGUUUGAUUUAUGAGCCAUAGGUAGGAAACAGCCGCAUAUGAGUUUAAGAUGAAAAAGGACUAAGGCGUGAGACUUUUCUUUCAGGACGGAUCGGAUUCUUCCUGCCUCUGAUGGACUAGUUUUAUAAGAUGAUCCGUCGUUCGCAGUAGGCGGCUCCAUUCGACAAUCCCAAAGUUUUACUGCAAAGAUAAUUUUGUAACAUGAGCUCUGCAGCAGAGGAAAAAGAGCUUCAGGAGCGCCUGAGAGAAGCCGCUGCUUUGGGGGAUGUUGAAGAAGUUCAGCGAUUGGUGGAAUGUGGCGUCAGUGUGAACUCUCAAAACGAAAUCAACGGCUGGACUUGCUUGCACUGGGCCUGCAAACGGAACCAUGCUCAAGUGGUAUCGUACUUGCUACAUGCUGGCGCUGAUAAGGACGCUCUGACUGUUAAAGAAGAAACACCAGCCCAGUUAACAUCAAAGAGGGAAAUUAGGAAGAUGCUGGGAGUGGAAGAUGCUGAGGAGCUUCCGGAUGAGAAGAAAGAUUCCGCCUUGCCCAUUAUCCCCAAUUACUUGGCUAACCCACCUUUCCCUUAUGUGUAUAACUCCAUGAGUAGCAGCACUACCAGCACCUCCGCUUCCUCUUUGAAUGGAAGACUUUCCCCUUCCUUAGAACAGCACAAUGAAGACUGCCCCAUUUCUUUACCUCAAGUUCAGGCACCUGGCACUACCAUGUUGCAACAUGAAAAGCUUUCCCCUCUGGGGUCCAAUGGGGACAUGACAAGGGCAAUGGCAGCGGAAUCCCCAGAGCCUGCAGUCCAGAAUGGUCACGGUCACCAGAUGCCUCUUCCUCCAAACAGGACGCUCUCUUCUCCAGUUGCAGCUAAACAGCCUGAAACACAGCCACCAAAUGGUUCCUGUGCUGGACCUGUCCCAACAUUUCAGCCCUUUUUCUUCACCGGAACAUUCCCCCUCAGUAACAUGCAAGAACUGGUGCUUAAGGUCCGAGUUCAGAACCGUACUCUAAAAGAGAACGAUUUCAUUGAAAUUGAACUGGAUCGGCAAGAACUGACUUACAAUGAAUUGCUCAGAGUAAGCUGCUGUGAGCUGGGGGUUAACCCGGAACACGUGGAGAAAAUAAGGAAACUUCCAAAUACAGUAUUGAGAAAGGACAAAGAUGUAUCAAGGCUUCAGGAUUUCCAAGAACUGGAGCUGGUUUUGACGAUGAGUGAUAACGACUUUCUGUUUAGAAAUGCUGCACCAACGUUAACUGAAAGGCCUUGUUACAAUAAGAAAGCAUCAAAGUUGACUUACUAGCUAUUCAAAUGAAAAACCUGUCACUAGUAUUUAACAGUUAAACCUAGGAUUUUGCAAGGGCUAUAACCUCAGAUUCUACUUUACCUUGGAAGACAGAGUUAACCUAUAAAGCACACUUACUUGGAAGCAAGUUCUGCCGAAAACAUUUGGGCUUGUUCCUACUUAAGUGUCUGUAGGAUUAGAAUGUCCACUUAGAGUGUCUGCAGUUAAUUUUUGAGUAAACUGGCAGUGAAGUAAUGUUUUUGGAUAGGAUACUAAGCAGCAACAGAUUAUGGCCUCUCUCUUCAUGCAGCAGUGUUUCUUGCUAGGAAAUCAUUACAUCUCUGAACACUGCAGAGUUAGAAGCUCUCAGGGAAAGACUUAAAUUAAAUUGCUCUAAUAAUUGCUACUUAUUAAAAAGAGCAGGAGCACUUACGUUGAAGGAGAGAACCCGGAACACAUUUAACACUUGUAAUUGGAUACUUAGCAUGCAGAGACUCCUAGUAUAACCAGUGUUCAAAUGUGUUAGCUUGAGAAUAAGCUACUUUUGCAGGAGAAGGGGUAAGAGGAAGAAGGGGAAACCUGGGCUCUCAAACAGUAGUUACACUGGCCUAGUGCAGGAGCGGCUGUUAUGUGGCUCUGCAGUUGUUGUUUGACUUCAGUUCCCAUCACCCCUGCCUGUUGACUUACCUAGCUUGGACUGAUGGGAUUUGGAGUCCAAGAGUAUCUGGAGGGUCACAGGUUAGUCACUCUGGCGAAGUGUUUCAAACAUUGCUAAUACAGCAUCCUUUGGAGAAUGGCAUGUUGCAAAACGUAAGUGGGAUAUAUCUCACCACUUACGCAUGUCACGAGGAAUGUCAGGGUUGUUAGAGGCAGAACGGUAGCCUGAGAUGGUCCCCCGUAGCCUCACUGCUACUAAUGGGACAAACCACCUGUAAGCUUCCACAAGGGGAGAGGUCUGUACAGUUUGGAACUGACAAGCAGGGAAUGACUCUCCUCCCCAUUCCAUCUCCCAGUGGUACGUUGUGGCCUGGGAGACUGGACCAGUUAGGUCCAGAUGCCCAUUCCUUUGGGGAGGAAGGCUCAAGACUUCUGACACUUUAUUUGGCUGAGUUAAAACCGUCACCAAGUGGCUAAAUCAGCUGUGAUUUCUUCAAGAUGGUGCUCAGGUCAAAUAUUUGAACAUAUUUACCGUGUUAACCCAAGCUGUAAAUAUGUUGACCGAAACCGUUAGGGUGUGUGUCUAACUCAUUAUUGCUUGCCAGUAAACAAUACAGAAUGGCUGGUAGUAUCUGUUGAUGGCUGGGGGUAUUAUUAUUAUUAUUAUUAUUAUUAUUAUUAUUAUUAUUAUUAUUAUUAUUAUUAUUGGAGUGAGAGGCUUCCAGAAGGAUUAUUAAGAAUGCAACUUCACUCCAGAGCCUGAUGCCACACAUGAAAUGAGCACAACCCCCCUUAGCCUUUUAUCCUAAUUAUCCUCUGAUCUUGAAACUAUUAACUAUUUAAAGGAAAGUAAUCUUGUAGCAUUUUAAAUAGCAAAAAUUAUUUUUAAUACCAAGAUAAAUUAGUAAGGAAAUCUUGGCAUUUCUAUGCAUUUCUGACAGACUUGCUUGCAUCUCAUAUAGGCAUGUCCAGCUUUUCAUCUUCUUGCUAGUUUCUGUAUAAAUAGUCUGCUGUCAAGUCCUAGACUUAAAGAGUCUGGAAAAGCAUGGAACAUAACAUUUUUGAAUAAAAUAUAAUAUACCUAGUUUUAGGAUUAUGUCUACUAGUGAAGGGAUCUCAGUUACUCUAACUGCAGCACAAUUGAGUAUGUGCUUCAAGUUGGUUGGACUACCCAGCUAGAUGAAUUAAUUAACAGAAAAAUAUCCAGCUGAUAAUUUCAGUGCCCCCAUGUCAAGCUCCUAAGCUUCAGAUUGGGGCAAACGCUCAUGUGCUCUGUAACCCUAGCUUUGAGCCAUGGCUUUCUAAGCAACGGCCCUGACUGAUAUUACAGAAUUACAAGCAGCUUUGAAGGGAAAUUUGUGCCCACAGUAAUGCACUUGGAAUGGGUGGUAUUCAGCAACUUCCACUUGCUCAAUGGGACUUUCCCCACUGCCCUCCACCAGAUGUGCACUAGAGGGAAAGGUCAUUUCUCUGGAAGGAAGGUCCAUCAGGUGGAUUGUAGCGCCACAAACGCCAGAAAUGCACUCAGAGUUGCAAGUAGUAGGUGUGCCAUAGUCCUCCUCAAGCUCAGAGAAGAAAAUGCACAGAGGACAAGCCGCUACAAACUGCUUCUUCAAGAAAAUAACAGGAGAGUGCAUAUAAAUGGUCUUAACAGAAAAUAUUGGAGGAACAUAUUGGAAGAAUGCAAGCAAGAUAAUUGAAGCAAACACAGAGAAACCCUUCCAUGGAUUAGGUAGCCACUCAGAAGCAUAUAGAUAGGGAGAGGAGGCUGUGAUGGAACUUCAUCUCAGAGAAGUGUCCUUCAGGUAAGGAACCAAUAUUCCCUUCUCCAUGUGAAAGAUUCAAAACCUUUUGGGGGGUUGAGGAAAAGCGAUGGACUACAAAAGGAUCUGACAGAGCAGGUCCCUUCAGAAAACACUGUAGAAAAGGAUGAGAACCAAUGGAGGAGGAUGCUUAGGUGGACAGGACUGAAGAAAUGGCACAAACUAAAGUGACCUGAUGAAGUGAACUUUGGCAUGGAGGAGAGACAGACUGCAGCGGCUGGGGAAGGCAGACAUUGGCAGCUGGGGACCACAAAAAAUAAACAGCAAGGUUGGGAGAGCAAGCAGCUGUGGCCAGGGAGAAUGAACAAGUGGCUGAGGCCAGGAAGCUGCGGCUGGAAAGGGAAAUUGGCAGUAGUCAGGUGAAUAGAUGGCAGCGACUGGAGGGAAAAAAGGGAAAAGAAAAGAAAAAUCUACUGGAAAAGAGAGGGAAGCAGGAGGAGAACGAGACAGAAGAAUCAAAGGACAGAAAACGGGGUUUUUUGAGGGGGAAUCACAGGAAACAACGGAAGAUGAAGGUUAGUAAAGACACAUGGAAAGUCAUGGAGGUGAGCUAGGAAAGACGACAGCUUCAGAUGUUAGGUAGGAAAUAGACUAGGGUUGAGGAGGGCUAAGCCACACCUACUUCGUGUAACUUUGAGUAGAUGUGCUACCUUCAGAUGACCGGUGGUGUGAUGGACCUUCAUGCUCUUUUUAGAUGCUUUAAACUGGGCUAGGCUGGAAAGAAUUGCUGUUCUGUGCCCUUGCAAAUUCCAGAAACCUGGAUCUUAUUUUGCUUUUCCAAGAGACCCAUUUAUCGCAACGGGAUGCAAAGAUUGAUGCCACUAAGGGGGUCAUUAUUGCUUUGCAUUAUUUGCCAGGGGCAAACUCUGUGAGCGGAGCAUCUAGCAGCAUAUUAAGCCCCUUCCUCAGUCCUGUAGUUCCCAAGAUAACUCAUCCGUAGCUUACUAUUCAAACGCUAUAUUUUUCAUCUCCUUAACUCAGAUCUUUUGACAAAGGAAUUUAGUGUCAUUCAGCUUCAGUGGCCCACACUGGUCACAUGUCCUAGUUAAGCUAGGGCUUAAAAGCUUCACUGUGAUUAAUGGGUUGUACCUAGGGGCUGCACAAAUGGAAAGCAGCUUUUUUCAGCCUGAGGGCCAUAAUCCCUUCCGUGGGAGCCACAUACCAAUGGUGGGAGGAGCCAGGGGCAAAAGUGAGUGGUGCAAUGAAUGCAGAAGCACAGUUCAAGGAGACAUUAUAGCAAGCAAGGGUCCAGAGAAAGGUGGGGCCUGGGGGAAGGUGGUGGUAUGAGUUUUCCAAGAGACCCAGGCCUAAACAAUAUAUGGUUUGCCUGAAUUAUUCCAAGCAAAACUAUUACUGUCACUAAAUGCCUGGGUAGAUACCAUAAUAUUUCAGUGCAUUUAUAACCGACAGGUAAAGCAGUUAUUUGACUAAAACAUUUAACUGUUUAAUAGCUCACAAAUUUAAGCUACCUUAUGCUGAGGACAGCCCUCUGAAUUUCUUUAUCCCUUUAAACAGUGGCCAAAUUGAGUCAUCGGCUCCUUGCAGGAGCCAAGAAACCCAGACUCCGCUCUUUAGGCUCAUUAUCCCUGGUGACCGCGGGUCACAGCCCCACAGAGGAAACAAAGUCUUUUGUGACAAUCCAGGAUAGUUAGCAUGGGUCUAACAUGCUCGCACAGUGCCGUCUCAAGGUAACAAUUCCAGCGUAAGACUCACUGAAACUUUACAGUGCAAGCAAGCUUUUGGUUGUCAUGAGUCAUUUCAUUGCCUAAUUGUAGAGAGCUAAGAUAUCCCUCUGCCCGAUCCAAGGCUUAAUGCACUGACAUGGCCAAUGACACCUGGAAUGUGAAUUUUGAAUUCUUGUAGGCCUUAAAACAUUAGCACAGGGUUUAGAAAAUGCUUACUUUCAAUGGAGCACUGUGGCAACACAUUGUUUUUGUGGUACAGCCGAAGUCAGAGGCUGCCAAUGGGGCACUAGUGGGCCCCACUGUACCCGCCAACACCUCCUAUGGGUCCCCAAAAGUUCUCAGUAAAUAUUCCCUCAAAAAUCCACAAUGCAUGAAAGACUGUUUGCUCUUCCUGCUCAGUUCCCUAUCAGCCUGUCCUAUAUUUAAACAUCGCCCCCUUAAGCAUGCCCACAUUUCACCCAGUUCCAAGAUUGGACACCCCGCCUCUCUUCAAUUCUGAACAGAGGAGUGGCUCAUUCUGUGAGUGAGGUGGCUGAUAUAGGAGCCACUGAUGGGGGAGAUGGAGCAGGGGGCAUCCCUGCAACAUUUUGUGGUCCAAAGUUGUUAUGCCCUUUUUGAUGCAACAGCCACUUGGUGUUAUGCCACAUUCCCGCGGGGAUCAUGUUGCGACUAGUACCCGUGUCGCUUUCUAAAAAUUCCAAAUGUGCCCACUGGUCCAAAAGGUUGGCGUCCCCUGACCCAAGUGCUGGAGACAAAGCCAUUGGCAGCAUAUUAUAUUGCUGUGACUCCUUGUUAGGGUUUAUUCAGUCUUGCCAUAAAAUAAAUGCAUCGAUAUAAAUGAAAAUAUCGCCACUGACCGUGUUCCAGUGUAUCCAAAUUUUCUGCCAGGUGCCAGGUCAGGAUUUGCACAACAUAUUUAAGGUGGCAAUUCUCCCCAUCCCCUUUUGAUUUUAAGUGUGUGCCUAAAAUCAACACACACAGUCAGCUUCUCUGGAAGUGCUUGAAGGGAAAUGUGCUUUUGUGCUAGAAGACUUGGGAAUAAGGUUCUUAGAAGAGGAAGGCCACAAUCCAGUAUGAAGUCAGUGGGUGUGCCCCAGACUGCUGGAUCGUGGCUGAAAUGCCUUUGGGCUUUUCAUUGAGAAGCAGAUAUCCACAGGCAUCCACAGGUAUCUAGUACGUGGGCAAACAAAUUGACAUGCUCUAUUGAUUAGCCAUAGUAUUAAUUAACAUAUUACAAGUCUGUUGAUAAUACUGCACAGUUGCUAGCAUCUUUCUAUGCACUCAGAGGAUUAUUUUUAUAUUGUAUAACUUAUGCAAUUUAUAACAGAGGAUUUUAUUAGUGUUACUAACCAAAUUAUUAACCUAAUAACAACUGUGUGGUACUUUAUGAUAUCAGUGGAAAUAAAGGAUUCAGAACUUCAUUACUACACUGGAAAAAAACAUGGUUAUAAUGAAGAAUUAACCAAAUGAUUUAUGUUUGAGUUUCUUAUUUCCUAUAUGUUGUGCCCUUUUUACAAUUAAUAAAAGUUUGUUGCUUUUAAAAUGGGA